CUCCCAUGUCCUUCUGUAGUUCAUUCAGCAUGAUGGCUGCGGAUGCUGCGGAUGCUCUCGGCUGCAUCCUGCAUCCGCGCCGGCUCUCUCUCCUCUUCCUCACCGUCACCCUCUCCUCUCUGCCGGCCCCCACAGCAGCGCUGCUCGGUGUCCGGCCGGAGGACACCCAGAGCGGGGAGCUGUCCGUCCAGGAUGGGAUACUGAGGGCGAUCGAGGGGACCCGCUUCAUACUGAGGGUGUACUACUCCGCAGCCCCUGCUACGGAGCAUCCCAACCACCUGAACAUCAGCGGAAGACCUGACGCUGCUCCUGCCGCUCCGUGGAUCGCGUUUAUAGAGGAAGCAGGGGGGGACAGUGGGGACACGGAGAAUGACAGGUCCAGAGGGAAUCCGUGCGAGGACGAGGAUGCCCGGAGCUCGGACAUCGAGUUGCUGGGCUCUUUCAGAUCCACAUCAAGUCACAACUCAGUUUUGGUAGAGCUGCUCGCAAAAGACCUGCGCAGAGGCGAGCUCAUCAAAUACUACUCCAUGUGCGCAUUUGAUGGAGUGAAAUGGGAACAUUUCACCACCAAAGACUUCUGGUUGGCGGUGGUGGAGAGACCUCCGGAGGCAGAUGUUUGGCUCCAGGCGGGUGUUUCGGUGCUCUUGAUAGGACUGUCUGCCCUCUGCAGCGGGUUGAACAUCAGCAUGCUGGCUCUGGACCCCGUGGAGCUGAGGGUCCUGCAGAAUAGUGGCACAGAGAAGGAGCAGAAAUAUGCACGGAAGAUAGAGUCAGUGCGUAAACAUGGAAACUACAUCCUUUGCACCGUAGUGUUGGGAAACGUGCUUACAAAUACAUGCUUUGUGGUGUGGAUGUGCCAGAUUUUAGGAUUGACUGCUCUCUCAACAGCCUCAUGCACUUUGGGAAUAUUCUUCUUUGGAGAGAUUUUACCUCACUCCCUGGCGUCAAGGCACAGUCUCGCCAUCGCCUCAAAGACCCUCUGCGCGACCCGCCUGCUGAUGCUGGUGUUUUUCCCCAUCGCAUAUCCAGUCUCCAAGAUCCUGGACAUCAUGCUGCACCAAGAGAUCAGCAACUUUUACACCAGGGAGAAGUUGGUGGCCAUGCUGCGCGUCACAGAUCCGUACCACGACCUGGUUAAAGAGGAGCUGAACAUCAUCCAGGGGGCCCUGGAGCUGAGGAACAAAACCGUAGAGGACGUGCUGACCCCACUCUCUGACUGCUACAUGCUGUCCUCGGACGCCGUCCUGGACUUCUGCACCAUGUCGGACGUGAUGCAGAGCGGCUUCACCCGGAUCCCGGUCUACGAGAACGAGAAGUCCAACAUAGUGGACAUCCUGUUUGUGAAAGACUUGGCCUUCGUGGAUCCUGACGAUUGCACUCCCCUAAAAACGAUCACUCAGUUUUACAAGCAUCCCAUGCACAGCGUGUUCAAUGACACCAAGUUGGAUGUGAUGCUGGAGGAAUUUAAGAGAGGGAAGUCCCACCUGUCCGUGGUGCAGAGGGUGAACAGCGAAGGUGAAGGAGACCCCUUCUAUGAAGUGAUGGGCAUCGUCACCCUGGAGGACGUCAUAGAGGAGAUCAUCAAGUCUGAGAUUGUGGAUGAGACAGACCUGUUUACUGAUAAUCGGACCAAAAGGCGAGUGUCCCACCAGGAGAGGAAACCACAGGAUUUCUCCAUUUUCAAACUGGCAGAAAAUGAGCUGAAGGUGAAGAUCUCACCCCAGCUGCUGCUCGCAACACACCGCUUCCUGGCAACAGAGGUGGAGCCUUUUAGGCCAUGUCACCUGUCAGACAAGAUCUUGCUGCGUCUCAUCAAACAUCCCAGCAUUGUGCAGGAACUCAAGUUCAACCCCAAGAACAAACACGCUCCUCAACACUACCUCUUCACGAGAAACAAACCUGUGGACUACUUUGUCCUCGUUCUGCAGGGACGGGUGGAGGUAGAAAUCGGAAAGGAGGCUCUUCACUUUGAAAAUGGAGCUUUUUCACAUUAUGGCAUGCCAGCAGUCAUCAUGCCCCUGCCUAUUGGUCGGAGAUAUAGUUCCCGGGGCAGUGGUCUGAACCACUCAGAAUCACUGCUGAGUGGAGGCAGUGCGGGUCAGCUCACUACAGGAGGGGGGGUCUACUUGCCAGACUACUCAGUCCGGCAGCUAACAGACCUGCAGAUCAUCAAGAUCACCAGGAACCACUACCAGAACGCCCUCACAGCCACCAGGAUGGAAAGCUCCCCUCAGACUCCAGACCCCCUGGAUCCUGAUGCUAAAGGGAGGCCUGCGGUCCCAGAGGUCCGCUCACACAGCAUUGCCCUCCCCCUCACACACACACACACUCGGCUGGGGCUGGCCCGCCUUGCACAUCUCCAUCCCCACGGUGGCCUUCGCAACACCUCCCAGCUCAAUGCGAGGAACCGAAUUGUUCGCAGCAAAUCUGACGGGCAGAGGAGUCCAAAUGAUACCGUGUUCCUCCGCUUGGACGAGAUUCCCUACAUCCACGAGGAUCGGCCGGAAACGUAUGGAGAGAAUGACGUGCCUAUAGAGUCCCCGCCCUUUGCCUCUCCCUUCAUCAGCUCUCUGUCUCUGUCCAGCUCGGAGGAGAACAUUGGGAAGAAGCUAUUGCGUAAAUUGAGUAACAAGAGGAGGAAAAAGUCUCGGGAUGGAGAAAACUGUUUGGAGGAAGGUUCAGAGCAACCACCAGUGACGAGCUAGCACAGUGACGCUGAGGAAGAGGGAUGAAGCUUCUUCCUCUUUAUCACUCACUCAUUGGGUUUUCAUUACUGAACAACCAACCUCUCAUAGACUCCCUCUGUGCUCCUGAACAACUGAGCCAUCUCAUGAGAUGUAGAAACACUCAGGACCCCACUCACACAUGGUCCUACCACUGCCUGACUCCACACCCUUAACAUUAUAAUAAGUGGAACAGAUCUGUAAAAAAAACUUUAAUAUAAUAUUACUUUUGGAAAAAUCGAAUAAAUAUACUAUUGGAUUUUUCCAGCCUUACACUGGACUUUAUCAAGGUUUUCAAGUAGUAAACCGAGAAGAUAUUUCUAUGGUAGCUUUACCCAUAAUGUGACAAUUUUAUCAUCUCAUUUAAGCCAUAUGGUCUCCACCAGAUCUCUCAAUAUGGAGCCUCACAAGGUCCUAAUGUAAUAUCUGAGCCAGCUUUACUUGAUCAAACAAUUAAUACAAGAGUUUUUAUUAUUUAUUUGUUAUUAUGAGGAAGUUCCCACAUACUGAUGAAGUUAUUUGCACAGGGAACUUUCCUAAUGUUGCCAUAAGGGUGCCACAUACUGCCAACAAUACCAGACACACUAGCCAUCGGCUAUGAAGAAACAGCCACAAGACAAGAGCACCAUUUUUAUGCCAGAUUUUAAGAACACAAUUAUGAAAAAAGCCAUAAAUCAGCUUGAAUUAUUGUAUACACUGACCUCUGAGCAAGUUCAAAGGGGUAUGCGCAAUUUUGAAAAAGACCUGAGCUUGAAAUAAAACCAUUUAUUACCCAAUUUUUAUAUAAAAAGUUUUAGAAUUACCAAAAGUAAUUGGAAGAUAGCAAUAUAUAUAUAAGUUAUCCAACAUACUGUAAAUGGCUUCAACAUCACACAUUAUUGCAUGUGCCCUACAUACUGUCUGUUCUCCCUUUAAAACGUUCCCUUCUCUCUAGAUGUACUGUAACCACCGUCUUUCAAAUAAUCAGCCUAUUGUUUCUUGCAUUCAGAACAAGUAGUGGUGAUCAACUCUUACCAUUAGCUACCAUUAGCCAAUCCUCUAUGUACAGUUCAUCUCACUUUAACAGCAUACACCAAUUAAAAAUAAGCUAGGGGUAGGGGGGUUUGCGGUUAGGGAUCCAAAUGGAUGUUAUGAGUAUUCUCGAGGAAAGAGUAGUUGCUACCUGCAUGUUUGUUAAUGCUGCUUUUACUGUAGAACUAUCCCCUGUAGAAAGCCCUGUUUUUCCAUAUGCAUGCUUAAGCAAAGGGAUGCAUGCAAAGGAAGAUCUGCAGUAAUACUAAGAUCUUUGAGAUAAUAGAAGUCUGCAGUUUUAAUGGGGGAAACCAUACAACGCUGCUUGUUGAAGGAAAAAAAAUCAAGCCAUCUUUCUAGAAAUCAUCUAUUACUGCAAUAAUGAAAUAAUGAUUUGAUCCUUUUCAAAAUGCCAGUAGCAGCUGCAGCUCAGACUGCACUAAGCUGCUCUGCGUUGUGAAAUAUUGGCAGGUACGCAAGAACAAGACAGAGAUAUGAAAGAGGCAAGCAAUAUGACGCACACUGACGUCAAGCCACCACCUCCCGUCAAACACACUGACACACACACAAGGCUUUAUGAGUACAAAGGGAACUGCACUGCUAAGCUAUUCACAUCGACCCCUCUUUGCACGCUGAACAUCCAAUAGGAAGUCAUUUGAUCCGACAGACUGACUCAGUGAAAGAGGAUUUGUGUGAAUCAGAAAGUGUCUCAGCUGAAUGCUCACAGAGAUUUUGCAGUUGUUUAACACUGAUUUAUAUUUGUGAAGAAUUAUAUACUUUACUUAAAAAAAGGCAAAGAUACAUUUUCUAAUGUAAAAAUCUCUAUUUCUAAAAAAAAAAAGUGACCAAAAUACAUGAGAAGACAUACCAUAAUGUUCGACAAAAGGGAUUUCAAAUAAUUAAUAAAUGGACUGAAAUAUUA